GAAAAAAAGAAAAAAAGUAGUGAGGAGUCCCAGAUACAAGAGUCUGAUGAUGUCUUCCUGCCUCCCACGGCAGAAGUGUCUUCCCAAGCCAGUAAAGUGCAAGUGGAACAUGCUGGGGAAUUUACAGAAAUUCAGCUCAACGAUGAAGUAGACGAUGGAAAAACUAUAAAUGAUGUGUGUGACAUCCCCCGGAGUAAUUUAUCUUCAGCAAAUGAAGGGUCUUUGGCAGUGAGUCUAGAGCCUCCCACAGAUGCAGAAGAGUUCAAAGCUGAUCCUUCCCAUGAGGAAUGUGGGGCGAAUGUUGAGAAGAGUGGAGAAGGCAAGUCGGACAAACCUCACAGCCCUGUGGAGGCAGUUGCUAGCGGAUCAGGAAACUCUGAUUUAUUGAGUAGCACCUUUCAUCCCACUGCUGCUGGCUCUCAGACAGCAGUGGGCUUUGUACGGGACAAAGGAACUGAAAACGUACGAGAUGUUAAAAAUCCUCUUGUCCGUUCUUCAGAGAAGCUUCCUCUUAGUAUCUCACAGCUCUCUGAGAAGUACAAAACACGUAUUCAGUCUUCGGGAUUGAAACCAGUUUAUCCAGACUUGUCGGCUGAAUUGUCCUAUGAGAGACCAACCGUAAUAGCAGUUAAACCGCUGUUGCACACUGAAAGGCUGUAUCCCGAGCUCCCAACCGAACCAGAGCUGGUGCCAUUUACCAGAGAACAGCUGAAAAUUUUUGAGCCGUGUUCAUGGUUAGAAAAUGUUGACUCCUAUGCGGAGGAAUUUGAAAGCGUUGCUCAUCAGGACAGGCAUGAAUUUUAUGAACUGCUCCUGAACUACAUGCGCUGCAGGAAGCAGCUCUUGCUGGCUGAGGCAAAGCUGCAGGCUAUGACGACAGACUGCCAAAACAUUAAGGGGAGAUUAUGGACUUUUAAAGAAGAACAGAAAACUGUGCAGGGUGUCUGUGCAGAUCAGUGCAAAGUGACAGGUCACCAUCGCUACCAGACAGUGGAGCUGAAUGAAAGUGUGUUGGGGGAACUGAAAAAGCUGUUUGAAGCCAAAGCAGAGCACGUGCAUCAGACGCUGGCGCUGCACUCGUACACUUCGGUGUUGUCCCGGUUGCAAGUGGAGUCCUACGUCUACAGGUUGCUCAGCAGCUCGUCCCUGCUGAGAUCAGUGGCUCUUCAGCAGCAAGAACAAGUUUCAAAGCAGUCAGAAAAUAUUUCUUCAGACUUGGGCCACUUGAAGGAGUGCAUCAGCGUCCUUUUCAGUUUCACUCGCAGAGUUAUUGAAGAUCCUCAGUUUCAGAGUGACCUUCUCAUGUGGCUGCAGAGACUGGUGUCAGUGUUGCAAAGAAUUGGCUGUCCAGGUGACCACCUCUUCCUCUUCAACCACAUCCUUCGGUGUCCAGCUGGGAUCAGCGAAUGGGCUGUUCCGUUCAUUCAGAUCAAAGUCUUGGAUAACCCCUCAGGUGUCUUUCAUUUCAUGCAAUCUCUUGCCUUGCUUAUGUCUCCUGUCAAAAAUCGGGUGGACUUCCUGUGUCAUAUGAAACCAAGUGAAAGGAAAAGUUCCUCUUCAUCUGGGAAAGAAUCUGGAAAUUGGACCCUGGUAGAUGAGGGAGGAGAAGAGGAUGAGGAUCCUGAAACAAGCUGGAUUCUGCUUUCGGAAGACGACUUGAUUUCCCUGUUGUCACAGUUCCCAUUUCAUGAACUCUUUCAGCAGUUCCUUGGAUUUAAGUCUGGAGGUGCUUAUUUUCCUGAAAAAACAACUCCCCAGGAGAUGAUGAAGAUUUUUGCUUUUGCAAACUCAUUAGUGGAACUUCUGUCUGCGGGAUUAGAAACAUUUAACAGAGCACGAUACCGACAGUUUGUGAAGCGAAUUGGUCAGCUGAUCAAGAUGACACUUUGUCAUGUGAGUGACCACUGGGCCCAAUACGUUAGCAGCAAUAAACAAUAUGGAUCAGUAGCGCAUCCCUACUCUGUGGAAAAAUUGCAACUGGAGUUUGAUGAGCUGUUUUUUAGAGCUGUUCUCCAUGUUCUGAAGGCAAAAAGGUUGGGAGUCUGGUUAUUCAUGUCCGAGAUGCCUUACAGAACCUUAUCCAGCAACAUGCUUUGGAGGCUCUUCUUUGUCAUGCACUGUGCAGAGAGCGAGCACCUGGAAAAGCUCUGCUCUACUCUGCAACCUGCUGACUGCAAACAAAGACUCAAAGACCCAGAGCACUUUGAAAAUUUUGAAAAGUAUCUCAAAUCAAUGAACUGCUCGGAAGAGAUUUGUCUGCUCACCACAUUUGCUCAGAUGGCACAAACCAAACAGGCUGAUGUCGAUGAGGAUUUUAUCAAAAUCAUUGUUCUGGAGAUAUAUGAGGUGUCUUAUGUUAGUCUUUCCACAAGAGAGACAUUUUCAAAAGUUGGUCGAGAACUCUUGGGAGCAAUUGCCAGCAUCCAUACACAGAUUAUUUCUGUACUGCUGGAUCGAGUUAGAGAGACCAUCGAGAAAGUUGGGAUGGUUUCUUUAUAUCUCUUUAAAGAACUGCCGUUGUACCUGUGGAAGCCUUCUUCAUCUGAGAUAGCGCUGAUUCGUGACUGGUUAUUAAAUUACAGUCUAACCACGGUGGAGAACAAACUAGCCUGCAUUAUCUUGGAAGGGCUAAACUGGGGAUUCGGUGAGCAUCAGGAUGCUCUUCAUCUGGAUCCAGCUGUCCAUUCUGAAGUUGCAUUGAUGGUCCUGGAAGCAUAUCAGAAAUAUCUCUCCCAGAAACCAUAUGCUGGGCUGCUUUCUGAAAGCAUAAAACAG